CACGCAAAAAUCUGAAUGAAUAGCCGAAAGCCAGUGGAAACAUAACAUAACUGACUUGAGAAUGUCAAAGGCUGCACUAAAACGGAUCCUCCACCGGAGCCAAAACCCCAAACCCGACUCGACCCAUUCAAUCUCUCUCUUCUUCACCACCGUCCCUUCCCCACCCUCAGAUCCUCUGGUCACCGACGCCGUCUCAAUCCUAACUCACCACCGCUCGAAAUCCCGAUGGUCCACUCUCCGAUCACUCACCCCUUCCGGCUUCACUCCUUCCCAAUUCUCCGACAUCACUCUCCGCCUCCGCAACAACCCUCACCUCUCUCUCCGCUUCUUCCUCUUCACUCGCCGCACCUCCCUCUGCUCCCACGACGUCCAUUCCUGCUCCACUCUCAUCCACAUCCUCUCCCGUUCUCGCCUCAAAUCCCACGCUCGCGACCUGCUCCGCCUCGCUCUCCGUCUCGCCUCCUCCUCCUCCGAAGAAGAAGAAGAUCGCGUCUCUAAAGUGUUCCGCUCGUUGAUCAAGAGUUACAAUCGAUGCGGCUCCGCGCCGUUCGUCUUCGAUUUGCUGGUGAAAUCGUGUCUUGACUCGAAAGAGAUCGACGGAGCUGUGAUGGUGAUGAGGAAGUUGAAGUCUAGAGGAAUCAAUUUGCAGAUUAGUACUUGCAAUGCUUUGAUCUCAGAGGUCUCGAGACGUAGAGAUGCUUCCACUGGAUAUCAACUGUAUAAAGAAGUUUUUGGAUUAGAUGAAGCUGAGAAGGUUAGGCCUAAUGUUAACACUUUUAACUUGAUGAUGGUGAGUUUCUACAGAGAAGGUGAAACAGAGAUGGUAGAGAGGAUCUGGCGAGAAAUGGAGGAAGAGGUUGGAUGCUUUCCUAAUGUUUAUAGCUUUAGUGUUUUGAUGGAGACGUAUUGUGUUCGAGGUAUGAUGGUUGAAGCAGAGAGGGUAUGGGAAGAGAUGAAGUUACAUGAUGUUGUGGCUUACAACACUAUGAUUGGUGGGCUUUGUAGCAACUUAGAGGUUACUAAAGCGAAGAAGCUUUUCGAGGAGAUGGGAUCCAAGGGAGUAGAGUGUACUUCUUUAACCUAUGAUCAUCUCGUUAGAGGGUAUUGUAAAGUUAAGGAUGUUGAUUCGGGUAUGGUUGUUUAUAUGGAGAUGAAAAGGAAGGGUUUUGAAGCGGAGGGUUUAACCAUCGAAGCGUUAGUGGAAGGAUUAUGUGGUGGUAAGAAAGACAGAGUUGUUGAAGCUGCCGAGAUCGUGAAGGAAGCGGUGAGGGAAUCAGAGUUUUGUCCUAGUCGGAAAUGUUAUGAGUUGCUGAUAAAGAGGUUGUGUGAAGAAGGGAAGAUGGAUAGAGCGUUGGGCAUUCAGGCUGAGAUGGUGGGGAGAGGAUUUAAACCUAAUCAAGAGACGUAUAAAGCUUUUAUUGACGGGUAUGGAAGAGCAGGUGAUGAAGAAACAUCUUCGUUAUUAGCCGUAGAAAUGGCUGAAUCACUCAAGCUAAGAGCAGAAGAAGAAGAAGAAUGCUAAAAUUUGAGCUUUCUAUGUAUGUUGCAAAGAUUUCUUAAUUCAAUACACACUAGACAAACAGCUCAUGAUCAUUCUUAUUUCUUGAAA